UACAAAUAACAUGCUUAUUUCGACUUUCUUUGAUUCUAUGCAAUAUUAGAUUUUUGUGAACAUCCAUCUCUGCAGCCUGCACAAAGUUACCAUGUUUCUUAUUAUUAGCUGCAGGAAAACAGCCUUUAGCAUCUUCAUUUUCAUCAAUUUUCUUUCUCUCUUUGUUAAUCCCCUUUCGUUCAAUCUAUCCCGAUUCAACCCUGACACAAAGAACAUACUGUAUGAAGGCGACGCCACACCUAGAGAAGGAAAUGUCGAACUCACCCCAGUCACUGAAUUGCUCCGCGUAGGGCGGUUUACUUAUACAGAGCCUUUCCACCUGUGGAACUCUGCUACCCGGUCAGUAGCACACUUCAGUACCCAUUUCACUUUCCUGAUCGAUACUAAUGGAAAAAAAAAUUACUCUGAUGGAUUUGCUUUUUUCCUUGCUCCUGUUGGCUAUCCAAUUCCACCCAACUCUGCUGGUAGUGUUCUUGGAUUAUUCAAUAGCACCACUGCAUUGUCCCAUAACCAAAUUGUCAUGGUUGAGUUUGAUACAUUCCAAGAUGAUUGGGAUCCCCCGAGACCCCAUGUUGGGAUCAAUGUAAAUAAUAUCUCAUCAGCCAUUACUGCCAGCUUGAAUUUCAGCAGCACCAAGGUGGUUGAGGCAUGGAUAACUUACAACGCUACCACAAAGAUCCUCAGUGUUCUUUGGACUGACGAGGACACCCUAAAUCCUAGUACUACUCCUCUUUCUUACCAAAUCGAAUUCCCCAAUAUUUUGCCAGAAUGGGUUACAGUUGGGUUUUCAGCUGCUACCGGAAAACACAUUGAGAACCAUAUAAUAAAAUCAUGGGAAUUCAAUUCCAAGUUGGAUUCUGAUGAGGUGAAUAAUAUAGGAAAAUGGAAGACAUUCUUGAUAGUGGCAGUCACUGCUAUUCCUUUGUUUAUUUUGGUACUUGGUGUGGCCUUGUGUUGGUUGUUGGUAAACAGGCAGAUAAAUAAGAAUAUUGAAGGACAUGAAUACCACUUCAAUGCUGCAGUGCCUUCUGUAACUAGGGAUCUCGAGAGACUAUCCUUGCCAAGACGAUUUUCUUAUCAAGAAUUAGUUGCAGCCACCAUUGGUUUUGCAAAUGAUAGAAGGCUAGGCCAAGGAGGCUCGGGACAGGUAUAUAGAGGAGUCAUACCAGAUCUUGGCUGUGUGGUUGCUGUGAAGAGAAUCUUUGCUGAAUCUGAGAACCAGGAGAAAAUUUUCAUCAAUGAAGUGAAAAUCAUAAGCCGCUUAAUACAUAAAAACCUGGUGCAGUUCAUUGGAUGGUGUCAUGAGCAAGGUGAAUGUUUACUUAUUUAUGCAUACAUGCCGAAUAGCAGCCUUGAUGCUCAUCUCUUUGGCAGUAGAGCAACCUUGCAAUGGGAUUUCCGGUACAAGAUAGCCUUAGGCUUAGCUUCGGCCCUUCAUUAUCUACAUGAAGAUGCAGAGCAAUGUGUUCUUCACAGGGAUAUUAAAUCAGCUAACAUAUUGUUGGACAACGAUUUUAGCACUAAGCUUGGGGAUUUUGGGAUCGCUAAGCUUGUAGAUCCGCGGUUGAGGACUAGGACAACAGGGGUGGCAGGGACUUUCGGCUACAUGGCCCCGGAAUAUGCUUUUCAAGGGAGGGCUAGCAAAGAGUCGGACAUGUUUAGUUUUGGAGUUGUAGCCUUGGAGAUUGCUUGUGGAAGGCAGACUUAUUACGAUGGAGAAUAUCACAUGCCACUUUUCGAGUGGGUUUGGCAGUUUUACCUUGCAGGAAAUGUUCUCAAGGCAGCUGACGAGAGAUUGGAUAUGAAAUAUGAUCCAAGUGAAAUGGAAUGCUUGUUAAUCGUGGGAUUAUGGUGCACUCACCUCAGUAGUAAGGAGAGACCAAAAGCAGGACAAGUGAUGAAGGUUCUGUUGCUUGAAGCGCCAUUGCCACAACUUCAACGUCAUAGGCAUACGCAUCAUCACGGUCUAUAUGAACAAUAGCACAACCCGGCCAGUAACUUCAUCCUUGUACAAGAUUAUUAUUAGAACAUUUAUUUCUAAAGUUUUCGGUUUCAAAGUACCAUAUGAGUUA